AUCAUCUUUCCUCCCUCCCUCCCACACCUCGUCCUCCCUCUACACCAACAAACCCACAGAACACAACCAAAAUGCCGCCCCAAACCCAAACCCCAACAUUUCCAGUCCAAAUCCUCGACGGCGGCUUGGGAACUACUCUCCAAGACCACCACGCGACAACCUUCAACUCAACCACCACCCCGCUCUGGUCCUCGCACCUCCUGAUCUCCUCCCCCCCGACCCUGCUCGCCUGCCAGCGCGCCUUCAUCGAAGCUGGCAGCGACGUCCUCCUGACGGCGACCUAUCAAGUCUCCAUCGAAGGGUUCGCGCGCACCAAGACCGCCUCCCACCCGGACGGGAUCCCGCGCGAUGCGAUCGCGCCGUACAUCCGCACCGCGCUGACUGUGGCGGCCGACGCCGUUAGAGGAUCAAACGCCAAGAUCGCGCUGAGCCUGGGCCCGUACGGGGCGUGCAUGAUCCCUGGACAGGAGUAUAGCGGGGCGUAUGAUGCCGAGCAUGAUGACGAGGAGAGUUUGUUUCGGUGGCAUCUGGAGAGGUUGCGGUUGAUUGUCGAGGCGGUGCAGCACAACGACGGUCAAAGGUUGGAGGACAAGGUGCAGUAUGUGGCGUUUGAGACGGUGCCGCGGUUGGAUGAGGUGCGCGCGGUGCGGCGGGCGGCGAGGGCGGCCGGGUUGGAGGCGAUGGGGAUCCCGUUCUGGGUGGUGUGCGUUUUCCCCGUCGAGGGCCAGGAUGCCUUGCCGGAUGGGAGUGCGGUGGAGGCGGUCGUGGAGGCGGCGUUGAGUGGGCCCGAGCCGAAGCCUUGGGGCAUUGGGAUGAACUGCACCAAGGUGCAUCGGCUGGGCCGGUUGGUGAAGUUGUUCGGGGAGGGGGUGGAGAAGGUGCUUGGGAAGGAGGGGGCGCGGGCGAAGCCUGCCCUGGUGUUGUAUCCCGAUGGCACGCAGGGGGAGGUCUAUAAUACCACUACCCAGGUGUGGGAGAAGAAGGUCGAAGGACCCGGUGCUGCGGAUUCGCGUCCGUGGGAAGUUCAACUUGCAGAAAUUGUCAAUGACGCUCGUGCUGGCGGCCACUUCAGCUCGAUCCUCGCGGGUGGGUGCUGCAAAGCGUCGCAUCAUGACAUCGCCAAGCUCCGACAACACUUUCAAUGAUUAUCAACCACAACAUAUGUACAAAUAACUCAAAAGUCACUACGCGAAAAUGAUACCAAUUAUAGUGGAGUGAUACUAUGUAUACUAGGAUAGAGCCAAAAAAGGGUUGAAAAAAAAAGUCUAGUGGGUAUCACCGUCUAGGUAUAUACAAGUCUAUAUACAACAGCAUGUGUAUGUACUUAGAAGAUCC